GAUAUACGUUGAUGAUCUCCUCAUCAAGCCCAUUCCCGGUAUCUACAGUAUACCCGUGGUCAUCGAUGAGGGCCUCGGCAAUGAUACGGUCGUCACAGUGGCAUGGACGCAGAGUGUUAAUAUGUUACAGGUCAUACUCACUGGCCCAAACGGUACUACCAUCGACAGUAAUUAUCCUGGUUAUCAUCACGAUAACGCCAAUGAUCUGAUCUCCAUAAACAUUCCUUUUGCCCAGGCUGGUUUGUGGAAUUUAACCAUAAAAUCCAUACAAGUUGAUGAUCAUGCUAGCAUUUCUGUUACUUCUAAACCGAAGACUCUGGAAUAUUCACCAAUCACAGUAAGAGCAUUGUUAGGAUCACCUGAGGUAAAUUUCACCCAGAAUCCGGCCGUGGCUAUAUAUGCACUGGUACAAAAGGACUAUCUACCCGUUCUCAAUGCUGACGUCACGGCUAUCAUUUCGGACUCAUCCUUAUCGACCACAAUGAAGUUACUUGAUAACGGAGCAGGAUCUGAUUUAUCCAAGGAUGACGGUACAUAUUCAAGAUAUUUUAUAGACUUCACCUCUAAUGGCAGAUACAACGUCAAGAUCGAUGCCCUUGGAUAUAGUUCCAUGGUGGAAUCUCCAGACAUUUCAAGAGGUAAAAGGGCGGCUGAGUUCGAAGAAUUGGAGGUAUCAACUGCCCCUUCCUUCAUGCGUACAGCCUCGGGAGGAGUCUUCAAAGUCGAAGGCUACACACCAAACGCUACGGACAUCCUGCCCCCUUCCCGUAUCCAGGACCUGGUCUAUACCUCAUUCUCAUACGAUAACAGCUCAGUGACACUCAGCUGGACUGCUGUAGGAGAUGACCUAGACCAAGGAACAGCAUUCAAUUACGAAUUCCGCUAUUCAACGAACUACUCCAAUGUCAGAACGAACUUCAGCAACUGCGUUGAGAUCACACAGGAUGAGCUCAUCUACGGGAACCUCUCUAACAUCAACCCAUCAGGGGUUACUGAAACCAUCACCGUUACCCUUCCUGAAAGAGGACAAGAUAUUGUCUACUACUUCGCAAUUAGGGCUGGGGACGAGACCGGGAAUGUAGGGGAGUUGUCCAACAUAGCCUCCUUGUCGAUUCGGUAUAUACCGGUUACCAAGGAUCCAACCAAACCUGAUAACCUCGGUAUCAUAAUUGGGGUCUCCUGUGGAGUCGGUGCUUUGAUCAUCGUAGGAGCUGUAUUGAUAAUUGUUCAUCGCCGGAAGACAAGCAAGGCACAGGAUGGACAAGUGAAAUCAGAAGAAGGGCUACCAAAUAAAAGUACAACUGACCACGAUCCAAGCAUUAAUAAUCCCACUUAUUCUAAUUACCCGACUUCAUAAACUUCAGAA